AUGACAAACAAGGAGGGACAAAAAAAAAUGAGAAACCAGCAACAACCCAACAAACAAACUGGAAAAAAGACAACUAUGAAAAUAAUUCGUAAAAAAGUUUCAAAUGAUUGCCAACUGAAGGCAGAUAAAAAUCUAAUGAAAAAAUCUGUGUUCUUUUUAAGCAACCGUCGCAAGUUCCCCAGAAAUGAUGUGGUGGCCUUACCUAACGACAAUGCUUCUACAGCCGACGUCAAUAACAAUAAUAAUAGUCAAACUGAAAAUAAAAAAACAGAUGAAGAAGAAUCCAGUACGUUUAGAGUUUGCCUCGAUAGCUCUGAUUCUAAGAAAAUGAAAGCCUCUGAUAUAAUGCCCGAGCACAUUAUAGUACGCGAGUGGCAAUUCAAUAAGAAACCAGAAACAAUUGUCGAUCAAACAAAAAAAAAUGGAUAA